AUGCUCCCCACGCCCCUCCUCUUCGCCGCCCUCAUCGGCAGCAGCUUCCUGCUCUUCGUGCUCUCGCUCCUUCUCGACUGCCGGUGCAGGCGCAGGCGUAACCACAACACCAACCACACUUUCACACCGGCCAUACCGCGCACGAUCGACGGCAAGCUCGCGCAGCCGCCCGCGCCCGCACCCGUCGUGCUUUCGGACGCAGAGCUGCGGCUCGCGCUCCCUAGGCCGCUUGGCGGCGCGAGAGCGCCGUUUUGGGGACUGGGGCAGGGGCUGGGGAGGGAGAAGGAGGGGGAGGGGAAGGUGCCGGUGGGGCAGACGCGCAUGCAGGCGCGUGGGUGUAGCGCCUACGCCCGCGCCCACCUGUGUGGAUGA